AUGGCUGCCAGCGCUGCAGUCACAGCUCACCUGCCUCCGGUGAAGAGCGUGGUGGUGUACAGGAACGGAGACCCCUUCUACAGUGGGCGGAGGUUUGUGGUUAACCAGCGUCAGGUGGUUACCAUGGAGGCGUUUCUGAACGAAGUGACUAAAAACAUCGGGGCGCCGCUCGCCGUCAGGACCCUGUACACCCCCAGGCAGGGCCACAAGGUCACGGACCUGCAGGACCUCAAGACCGGAGCUCAGUACGUUGCUGCUGGCUUCGAGAGGUUCAAGAAACUGGACUACGUUAACGUAGGAGGCAAAAAACAAGCCGGGACUCGCAGUGAAACCCAGAAGGCAGUUCUGCAAGCAAAAGUCCUUCUGAGGCCAAAUGUUUCAGCCAAGUGGAGGAAGUUCAUCCCUGUGCCUUGCAUUAUACAUGUUUUUCGUAACGGGGAUCUUCUGAGUCCGCCGCUUCGCUUCAUCAUCCCUCGGAGCAUGCAGCAAGACCUGGAGCAGGUUCUGAGUCUGGUCACGGAGAAGGUCAGCUUACGGACCGGAGCCGUGCGCAGACUGUGCUCGUUGGAAGGAGUCGCUGUGUCCUCAGCUGGGGAGCUGGAGACGGGUCGCUGUUACGUUGCCGUGGGAACCGAACGGUUCAAGAAACUUCCAUAUGUGGAGCUGCUGGUAUCAAAAGCUACAGAGAGACAAUAUCCUGAUAAAAGAAGGCUGCUGAGAAGAGCUGAGAACAGGAAAGAAGGAAGUGGCCCAGAAGACCAGUACAGUGACUCGGCUCUUCUCAAUUCCCCAGAGUCAGACGGUCGCAGGGUGAAGUCGACGGGGGAUGAAGCUGCAGCUCUGCAGACGAGCAGGAGAGACGGAGCAGACGAGGCGUCGGCCUUCUUCUCCAGGCCCGUGAAGGUUCGCUCCAACGGAACGAGGCCGCUGCUCUCUGACAGAUCUGUAAAGCAGAGUAAGAUCAGAAGGGCAGCGAAAGCAGGGAGAGAGGAGGUGCAAGGUGCUGAGGAGGUGCAGGAGGAUGAAAACACAGCUACAGAGCUUCCUGUUGACCAGAGAGCUGCAGAGAUAGUGGAGGAAGAGCUGAACGACACAGAGGACGCUCCGCUCAGCAGUCUGCAGGAGAGCCUGCAGGACGCCUCGUCUGUCCCAGCAGGACAGAACCAUCAUCAGGAGGGCGUCACUGCUAAUAACAGACUGUGCACUGCCCCCACAAUGCAGCUGGAAUAG